AUCCGUCAAAUAAGGAAGAUGAUAACACUCAUUAUAGAUUAACUAUUUCAUAUAGUUAUAAUUCUUUACCAGAAGAUGAAGUUGACAAACUUACUUAUAGAGAUGACGAUUCACCUGAAGCGAAGUUUCCCAAUGAAGUAGAUCCCAAAGAUAUUAUAAACGAUAUUAAGGAGAAAUUAAGGCAAUAUCGUCCAAAUAAUGAGUUAACGGAUUUAUUAAUAGAGCUUUGGUCAUUGGUUCCUACAACGAAUGAUUCAACUAUCUAUUAUCCAUUUAAUACAUAUCAUAAACCUAGAAGACGACCAGUGAGAGUUAUUGAUCCAUGUUCAAUUGAAAAAUGGCCUACCACAAGAGUUACUUUGUUGGGUGAUUCAAUACAUGCGAUGAGUCCUUGGCCUGGUUUAGGGACAAACACUGCAAUGAAAGAUGCCUAUAAAUUAUCACAGUCUUUAUUUAAAUGGAGUGAUGAUGCAGCAGGAAAUGAUGAUUGGAAAAGUUGUAUUGAAAGGUACGAAAAUGAAAUGAGAUUAUAUGGAUCUGAAGCUACUUUAAUAUCUAUAAAUGAAACUAUGAAAUUUCAUACUAGAUACAAUA